UGUCUACUGGGGAAGGAAUUAAGGAAGCGCCAUGGUCUUUCGUCUUCCUCCUGAUCAUCUCCCUGAUCUCCACGUCCAUUCUCUGCUCCUCCUCGUAUUGCUGGGGAUAUUAUCGCCACCGCCUUCCUCCUCCAACUACAUCGACCCAUCGGCGCUUCUCCCGGACGCUCCGCCUUGCUACAACUCCUCCAUCAUCUCCCUCCCCUCGGCGCCCGCCCGCCCCUACGUCGUCCUCGACAUCUCCAUCCUCUCCGGCUACGUCCGCAUCGUCGGCCGCGCCGUCGCGUGGCGCUGCUACGACAACUCCUCCGGCGCCAGCCUCCCCCCGCCCGACCGCGGCCUCAGCCUCCGCGGCACCCCCUACACCUUCUCCGACGCCCACAACAAGUUCACCGCCGUCGGCUGCGACGCCAUGGUCCUCAUGCUCGCGCAGGGGGGCGGCGCCAACCACAGGUACAGCGGUGGGUGCGUCUCCUUCUGCGCGACGAACGACAGCAUCGUCUCCGGCGCAUGCUCCGGCGUCGGGUGUUGCCAGGUUUCGCUGCCCAAGGGGCUGAAGAGCCUCAACUUCUCCUUCACCAGCAUCAGGAGCCUCACAGGGUCCACCCAUAAAGACCAGUCCGGGGAGCCCUGUAGCAAGGCAUUCAUAGUCGACGAGGACUACUAUGCGUUCUCGAAGAAGGACUUAGUCGGUAAUCCGGAGGAUCAGUACAGGCCGAUGGUGCUGGAGUGGUCGAUAGGGGAGGAGACUUGCGCCGAGGUGACAGGGAAAAGAGGAGGAGAGUUCGACGACGACUACGCGUGCAAGGGGAGCAGCUACUGCUACGACUCGACAAACGGCAUCGGGUAUCGCUGCAACUGCUCCCGAGGGUUCCGGGGGAACCCUUACCUGGAAGAAACGGAAGGUGGAUGCCAAGACAUCGACGAGUGCGCGGAUCCAAAAACGAACCCUUGCGUUCAUAAAUGCAUCAAUACGGUGGGAGGAUUCAACUGCACUUGUCCCUUCGGAAUCAGCGGCGACGGGCUGAGGGCGGGCUCCGGCUGCGAGGGGUUGGCGCCCCUAGCUAUUGGGCUAGUUGCAGGACUAGGUCUAUUGGCUGUUUUGCUCGCACUAGGCUUCUGGGCUGAGUGGUUUCGGAAGAAAAGGAAGCAAACAAAGCUUAGGCAGAAAUUUUUCCUCCAAAAUGGCGGCUUAAUGUUACAACAACAAAUCUUCUCACAGAAAGCACCGGCAAGAAUAUUUACUUCUGAAGAACUCAGAAAGGCAACUGAUAAUUUCAGCAAGGAUCGGAUUCUCGGUCGAGGAGGAUAUGGAACUGUGUACAAAGGAGUGCUCUCCGAUCAAACUGUUGUGGCCAUCAAGAAAUCAAAGAUGGUUGAUCAGACGCAAAUCGAGCAAUUCGUGAAUGAAGUGGUCAUCCUCUCUCAGAUCAAUCACAGGAAUGUUGUCAAACUACUGGGAUGUUGUUUAGAGACCCAGGUUCCCUUACUAGUCUACGAAUUUAUUUCAAAUGGAACACUUUUUAAUCAUCUUCACAGUAACCAAACGGCCCCAAUGCCAUGGGAGGAUCGAUUAAGAAUAGCCGUUGAGACAGCAGCAUCGCUCGCGUAUCUGCACUCAGCUACGAAAGUACCAAUCAUUCACAGAGAUGUCAAGUCGGCUAACAUACUUCUUGACGAAUGCUACAAUGCAAAGGUAUCAGAUUUUGGGGCUUCGAGGUUAGUGCCCUAUGAUCAAACUCAUAUCACCACAGUUGUUCAAGGGACCCUAGGAUACUUGGACCCAGAGUACUUCAGCACGAGCCUUUUAACAGAUAAGAGCGAUGUGUAUAGCUUCGGUGUGGUACUCAUUGAGAUAUUGACGCGAGAGAUGCCUAUUUCUUUUUGUCGGUCGGAGGAAGGGAGGAACCUAGCCUCGCAUUUCACUAUGUUGGUUGAACAGAAUCGGCUACUGGAGAUGUUGGAUCAGAGGGUGGUGAAGGAAGCAGGGGUGAGGCAUCUUAAUGAAAUCGCAAAGGUGGCGCUGAGGUGUUUGAGAAUUAAAGGGGAAGAGAGGCCGAAGAUGAAGGAAGUGUUGGUCGAGCUUGAUGCACUGAGAAGGCUUAUGAAGCAGCACUCAGCUGAGAAGAGUCAAGAGAAGCUUAACAUACCGCCGCAAAGCCAAAUUCAGAAAGAAAUCUCGGCGGAUGAGCCUUCAGCUUUAUGUUGCAGCAAUUCACAACAGGACAGUCUGGAGGACGCUCUGCUAUUGUCUAUGGAUUUUCCUCGGUAAUUUGUUGCAUACUUGUUAUGUAUUGUAUUUAUUUCGUCGUUUCAUAACUUGGCCAUAUAUGUCAUGAGAUUAUCGUCUAUAAGAGAAUAAGAGGUAUGCUUUGUAGCGAACCGGUUAAGUUUUCACUUGUUUUUUUUUGGCAGUAUCUGGCA